CUGCUUAUCCUCCUCUUAUCCCAUAUCCUCUUGUCCUCUCUUCUAUACUCUUCACCUCUCCUCACCUCUCCUCUCCUCACCAUCUUCUCCCCCGCUGACCAUGGCCUCGACCUCCGCGGCUCGUGGCCGGCAGCCCGUCUCCCUCGCCCAGGCAGCCCAUGCCGCAGAACAACAGCUCGCCCGCAGACGCAUGCGGCGAUCCUCCAUCUCAGACUCAGACUCCUCAGACUCCUCCUUCUCCUCAGACGAGGCCUCCAUCUACGAGGCUGAGGUAUUCGUCGACAUCGACCCCGCCGACGCCUUAUCCUACAUCGAUCACCUGCCCGACAAAGACGAGGCCAGCAAGCUCUACCCUGCCGUCACAAACGGAUCCUACGUCGCCCAAACCCCGGCUGAAGACACAACAAACGACGCCGCCAGCACGCGCUCGCAUCGUCCGCUUUCUCUUUACGGUGGCUUUGCCAGCAGCAUCGUCGUCGCCGCUAACCACCACGACCCAACCCUCCAAAGCAGCGCAAACAGCAAUAACAACAACACCACCACCACCACCACCAUCAACAGCACAGCUGCCGUCGGCGGCGCCAUCGGCCACGGCCACGGCGGCAUCCCUCGCAGCAACCGCAACUCGAUCGUCUUUGGCUCGCAGUCCAGCAACGGCGCUUUCCGCUCAAUAGACUACUCCGAAUACACCUACGACCUCGGCUGGACCGCCGCCUCGCGUAUCCACUCCCGCACCUCUUCCGUCUUCCAAAUGCCCCCGCCGCAGACAAACCCUGGCCAGACUUUUGUCGGCUCGCCUGGAUUUGCGUCGCCUGGUUUCCUUGCCACGCGUGGCGCGCUCGGCGGCGACGGCGCGUCCAUUGUCUCCCAUAUCGACAACAUCGACGCGCAGAGCGCGCUGUAUGAGGAAGCUAACGCGGCCGUGGGCGAUGCCGUCGUCGAUGCCGGCGAGGAAGUGGCCUCGGCUAGCACAUCGCAGCCAGUAGACAUCGCCGGUGCAGCUGCUGCGGAAAGUAACGCUGUCGAACACCCCGGAGAUGCGUACUCGGCCGCGCACCUUGACGACAUCGCGUCCUCGCCGCCGGUCUCGUUCGUCAACAUCACCUGCUCGGCCGACGGCGUUUGCAACUAUCCCGACACAGACCUCGCCACAUUAAUCGACUACGCCAGUCCUCGCGUCCCACCAUUUCCUUCCACGGCCGAAGCCGAGGAGCUACUCUACUCGCGCAUGUCGGCGCAAUCGCGCGCCGCUCUACAUAAGCUCAUGCAUGGCCGCAACCCGUCCGUUCCUCGGCCGCCCCGAUUCCGCCCUCCGAUCUCGCAAAACAUGGGCUACGGCGCAAUCAGCCGACACCCGUUCUACCACUCGUCGCGGAGCUCGAGCAACGCGCGCAGUAUCGACUCGCAAAACGGCCUGCUGUCGCGCCAGCCAAGUCGCGCGCCCGAGCCGUCCUACACCCGCCGGAUCUUCCGAGACGCGACAAAUUCGGGCGAGUUUGGCGGGGAGGAUAUCGGUUUUUGGGAGUCGUUUAGAUCGUUCGUCGUUGCCGAGUGCUGCUUCUGCUUCAUCGGCGAGACGGAGCCGGAGCAGAGAUAGUUUUAUGUUUUGUCUUGCAUAUCUGACGGAGAGUAUUGUACGAUAUUGUUGAAGUUUCUUUGAGUUUUCGUUUUCUUUUUCGUUUUCUUUAUUUGCGGGGGUCUGUUACUUUUGAUUUGUUUUUCAUACCACUUUUAACACGUUUGUUUCCGUUCAUGGCAGGUUGCUAUUUCUAUCUUUUGAUGAUUGAUUGAUGAAUGACGAGUUUUGAUGAAUGCAGCAUGAGGAGGCGGAGAGGAGGAGAAGAAGCACUGUAAUAUUACUGAACUACUAGUUUUUGGACGCAUUUGUACAGGAUUGAUUAUUGGGCCUAAAUACACAUAUUCCAGAUGUUUACAAUUGUCCGAACGCGGACUAGCUCGAUUGUCGAGUCGCCCGGAAGUUUCUCGAAUUGGGACUGGCUUAGGGUUCAGGGCUGAGGGUUCAGGGCUCGGGCGUGGUUAAAGCUGCGCGUCCGCACUCUGAAGUUUUCUCCCCG